GGAUGGGUGGAGGAGCAAAAUUGUCGUCAUCACAAAAUUAUCCUCCAUUGAAUAUUUCUCUUACCAACAAAUCUCCCACUCCUCGCCAUUCAUUUCCUUUUGUUUUCUCUAUAAAUCCUAACCCCACACUCUUUUCUUACCUUCUUUGAAUCAUUGCAACAAUAUAAACAUAAACCGCACCCUCUUCACACAACCCUCCCCUAUUCCCUUAUCUUCUCCCCCAACCAUUCAUUUUUCCUUCUCCUUCCAAUAACCAGAUCUAGGGUUUCAUAGCACAGAACCUAAUGCAAAACACUCCAAUGUUUUCCAAAUUCUCAUGACACACCCCUCCCCCAUGCGUCGAAUUCGUCUACUCCACUCUUUCUCCGUCGUUUUUCUUUACUGGUUCUACGUUUUCUCAUGAACUCCCUCUCAAAAUUUAAUCCUAUCAUUUUCUUUCUAAUCAUUCAUCAUCAUAUUCAUCUUCCAAAAAACUAGAUCUGAAAUCUACAAUUCCGUUAGUUUUUUUAAAAAUAAUUCUAUUGUAAAAUCAAAUAAAAACAAGGUGAAAUGGCUUCGAUUCAUCGUGCGGCGAGUUCAGGAUCUGACGGAACGAUCGACGAGAGGAAAAGGAAGAGGAUGAUUUCGAAUCGCGAAUCCGCGAGACGAUCGCGGAUGAGGAAACAAAAGCAGCUGGAGGAUCUGAACGAUGAAGCGAACAGGUUACAAAGCGAGAACAAGAAAAUCGCGGAGGAUAUAAAAACUAAAGAAGAAGCGUCCAUUGAAACCGAAGCCGCUAACGGCGUUCUCAGAGCUCGGACUAUGGAGUUAACGGAACGGUUGCGAUUUCUUAACUCGAUUCUUGAAAUCGCUGAAGAAGUUAGUGGAUUAUCGGUUGAGAUUCCGGAGAUUCCGGAUCCGCUGCUUAAGCCGUGGCAAAUUCCUCAUCCGAUUCAACGGAUUAUGGCGUCUGCAGAUGUGUUCUUGCAUUGAUGAACAAGCCUUUGUUAUUUUACCGUUAAGUUUUAUUUAUUUCUAGUUUGAGUUAUUACUACCUUUUGUGUAUAAAUAAUAAUGGUGGAGUUGUAAUUGUUGUUAUUUUAUUUGCUUGAUGAUGUAAGAUAUAUCUACCUGGCAUUGUUUA